CUCUCCCAGAUCAAGAUGUCCAAAAAGAGCAGACCCCCCAAGAAACCCCCAAAGGACCCAAAGAAUGAAGAAGACAUGGAUGAUGAUGCGCAAGAGUCAACAUCUUCAAUGCCUUCCAGCAGCAUCAGCUCCAAUCUCCAAAAAAGGCUGCACUUUGUGGGCCCCAAAGACCAGACCAAAAAGACUAAAGAGCUGAAAUUUAUACACAGCACCAAAGCCCAAGACCGCACUCGAAAGUACCAGCAGCCAGUAAAGCUGGAACCUCUGCCUGUACUGAAAGUCUACCAGGACCACAAGGAGCCAGAAUAUUUAUAUCAACAGAACCGAGAAAAAUUAUUAACUUCUGGAUUGCUCCAACCUACACCCAAACCUUUGGAUAGGAUACCAUCCAGUGAAUCAGACAUUUCAGCGCAAGUGAAAAGAAAGCAGAAACGACAUUUUGCUGAAGAUGAAUCCCCUUCCUCUUCUCAAUCACCGGCCAGUAGAGGGAGGGCGAUAGUGCAAAAACAAAUUUCUUCUACUUAUCCUUCAUUAACAUUUGAAGACCGAGAAGAUGUCAUUAAUUCUAACAUUAAUGACCCUCUGCAAAUUGUCAAAAUAAUACGUGAGAAUAAUCACCUUGGAUUCCUGUAUAUGAUCCCUGCAGUACCAACUUCAUCCAUUGAAUAUAGUCCCUAUAAUUUGAGAGUUGUAAGUUAUGAAAAUAUUAUCAAGAAUGAUUACUACACUAUUAGCCAAAGAGCAGUAACUCACACUUGCAAUGGAGAAGUGGAAUUUAUUGAGCUUAAUCGAUGGGAGCAGGAAUAUCUGUAUCACCAAGAGCUCACCAAGAUCCCCAUCUUUUCACGUUUUCGCAAAUGGAAAGCAUUUACUGUGUGGAGAAAGAACGUCCGCUCUAAGAAAACUAGCGGAUGCAGAAAAGCUCUGCAAAAUAAUCUGUUCAUUGUGAAUGAUUUCUUGCGACCUGCUCUUCUCCGGAUAAAACAAAUGUGUUAUGACCUAAGUUUUAUGGUACUUUGCUGUAUUGAAAAAGGACACAUAUAUACCUUGUUAGAAUUUAAGGCAGCCCAACUCAAACAGUUAGGGGAGGCAACAGAUCGCCUUUCAUUUUUCAGAAAUGUGGCAAAAGAUGUAGUGAGAAAUGCUUGCCGAAAUGCUUUGCGGGCUUCCGGAUUCAUUCCUGACGAUUGCCUUUUUGACGUGGCCGUGAAAGAAGAUACAGCAAGACCAAGUUCUCCAGGUAUCAUUGAACCAGGGGCUGAACGUGAUGUUUAUGGGGAACCUGAGAAAAUGACUUAUACAGAACAAGCCAGCAAAAGGCAUCACUGCAUACGGCUGACGUGCUUUAUUCGUCUCACUGACUAUCUAAUUGUGAAUACAUUGCAUGUGCUGACAGUCAACUCCAUUAACACUCUUUUGAAUUAUCUUAUGGAAAAAUUAAAACUGACACCUCCAAUUGAAGUUAUCCAGAAAUGGAUUGAGGAGAAGAUGGAAAUAGUGGAAAAAAAGCCUGGUGUGGCAGCAGCAUCAGUAGUAAUGGCAGAAAGGAUGGACGAGGAUGAAUCUCUCCUGCCCAUGUUUGUUACGGAACUCAUGCUGGAGAUCCAUGCUUUAUAUUUUGAGCCAUCUUUGCAACAUUUUCAGGAGGGCAUUUCAGAUACUAUUGAUCGAUUUGAGUUCACUGUUCUAUCAGUCCCUAAUCUGGUACCUGAUCCUUAUUUUGAUUCUUUCACCCGUCCUAUUAUUAACAAUAAAAUUGAAGAAAAGACUUGUGGAGAAGGUCCAAGUUUGUCAGUUGUGUUUGAAGAUGACAGAUACCUACACUCUAUCAUUUUUAAAAUAAAGGAAGCCAUCAAUUCUGCAUUUGAAACUGCCAACAUCUACGCAGCUACUUUUGAAAAGUUCCAAUUGUUUUAUAGGGAUAAUGAAAGCCUUGAUUUAAUAGCUCUGCAAAAAGAGGAACCUGGUGUUCUUUUCUUUGCUGAACGACUAGAAAGAUAUCAUAGAGAACACAAAGAUGCCUUAGGUCUAAAGCCUACCAGAAAUACAGGAUUAUUGCUUAUUGAUACCAAAAAAAUGAAAGAAAAACUAAUUCCAUCACCACUGCGUUGUUUGGAAGUCAUAAACAGCAUGCUUCCCCUGCAAAGCAAGAAAAAGGUGGAUGCUAUUAUCACUGAGGCUCAAGAUGCAGAAUACAAACUUGAAUUUGUUCCAACUGCAACUGUGGAAUAUGUCAAUAGCUUGAUUUUCCUUGAUGAAAUCCAGGAAAGAAUUGAAAUUAUUGAAGAUGAAGCUGACAUUGUUACUAAAAUGUACAAGCUUAUCGACCUGUAUCAAAUUCCUACACCCCCUGAGGAUUUUGCCGUAUUUGCCACUAUGAAGCCAUCGCUUGUCGCAGUCCGAAAUGCCAUCGAUAAGUCAGUGGGUGAAAGAGACACCAGCAUUAAAUUGUUCUGUCAACAUUUGGACAAGGAUGUUGAAGAACUAAAUAAUGAAGUGAAUGAAGUAAAGUUACUGGCUCAGGAUCCACAGAUUUUGGACAUCGCAGCUGACCAAGAAAAAAUAAAAACUCUAUUAGGUGACUUACAGGUGACUCUGGAUGACCUCCAGAAACGUGCUUUCCAGUAUAAAUCCUACCAGAAAAACUUUAAGGUAGAAGUGUCCAAAUUUGAGGCUCUGGAAGAAGUCUGUGCAGAGCUGAAACUAAAGCAAUUGCUCUGGGAUUCUCUCUCUGAAUGGGAUGUCCUCCAAGUAGACUGGUUAGAGUGUAAAUUUGAUAAUCUGGAUCCGGAGUCUCUCAAUUCUCAAGUUUCAAAGUAUGCCAAAUUUGUGAAUCAGUUGGAAAAAGGUUUGCCGCCUAACAACGUAGUGCCACAGCUGAAGAGUAAGGUGGAAAUGAUGAAGGAAAAACUUCCUGUGAUCACAGACUUGAGGAACCCCUUCUUGAAACCAAGACACUGGGAAACUAUUGAGCAAAUAGUUGAUGUUACCCUUGUGGACCCUAAAAAUCCAUUAACUCUGCAACGUCUCAUUGAUAUGCAAGUUUUUGAUUUUGGACAAGAGAUUCAGGAUGUUUCUGGGCAGGCUUCUGGAGAAGCAUCUCUGGAGACAAUACUCAAAAAGGUGGAAGAUUCCUGGAAAACAACAGAAUUCAUUGUUUUGCCUCACCGAGAUACCAAAGAUGUUUUUAUCCUGGGUGGGACAGAUGACAUACAGGUUCUUCUAGAUGACAGCAUCAUUAAUGUGGCCACAAUUGCCUCUUCCCGAUAUGUGGGUCCACUCAAACCUCGAGUUGAUGAAUGGCAAAAGCAACUUGCAUUGUUUAAUCAAACAUUGGAUGAGUGGCUGACCUGUCAAAGAAAUUGGCUUUACUUAGAGAGUAUUUUCAGUGCUCCAGACAUUCAGAGACAGCUGCCGGCAGAGGCCAAAAUGUUUUUACAGGUGGAUAAAUCAUGGAAAGAAAUCAUGAGAAAAGUUAACCGUUUGCCCAAUGCCCUCCGCGCAGCUACUCAACCAGGACUUUUAGAAACUUUUCAAAAUAAUAAUGCGUUGCUUGACCAAAUUCAGAAGUGUCUUGAAGCUUAUUUGGAAUCAAAGAGAGUUAUCUUUCCGAGAUUUUACUUCUUAUCCAAUGAUGAGCUUUUGGAAAUUUUGGCCCAGACCCGCAAUCCACAAGCAGUGCAGCCUCAUUUAAGGAAGUGUUUUGAUGCCAUCUCUAGGCUGGAAUUUGCUAUUUUAAUCUCCACUGAACCCAAACUGCCUGGUAUUGACACAGAACCAGAAAAGAUUUUUACAAAUGAUAUUUUAGCCAUGCUGUCACCAGAAGGAGAGCGGGUUGGCCUGGGGAAAGGUCUGAAGGCUCGAGGGAAUGUGGAAGAUUGGCUGGGCAAAGUGGAAGAAGCCAUGUUCACGUCCCUGAGGCGCCUUAGUAAAGCCGCCAUUGCUGACUACCAGUCCAAGACUCGGAUCGAAUGGGUGGUGGCUGACCAUCCUUCCCAAGUUGUGCUGACCAUUUCUCAAAUCAUGUGGUGUCGAGACUUGACUGAGUGCUUGGAAGGGGAAGAUCAAGACCACUUGCUGGCAAUGGAAAUGUUUGAAAGAACAAACUUUGAGAGACUAAAUGGUUUGGCAGGCUUGGUCCGAGGUAGUCUUCCCAAAUUACACAGAAACAUCAUAACCGCUUUAAUUACUAUUGAUGUACAUGCAAGAGACAUUGUCAGUGAACUUGUGCAAUCAAAGAUAAGUACUAGUGACUGCUUUGAAUGGCAGAGGCAGCUACGAUAUUACUGGGACCUUGACCUGGAUAACUGUGUGGCCAAAAUGGCCCUCUCUCAUUAUACCUAUGGCUAUGAGUACCUGGGGGCAUGUCCCAGGCUGGUGAUUACUCCCCUUACUGAUCGCUGCUACCUCUGUCUGAUGGGAGCCUUGCAGCUUGACCUGGGGGGAGCCCCAGCUGGACCUGCAGGCACAGGGAAGACAGAGACCACGAAAGAUCUGGCCAAAGCUCUCGCUAUUCAGUGUGUGGUGUUUAACUGUUCAGAUGGUUUGGACUAUAAGAUGAUGGGAAGAUUCUUCAGUGGUUUGGCUCAAUCAGGAGCCUGGUGCUGUUUUGAUGAAUUUAACCGGAUUGAUAUAGAGGUUCUGUCUGUAAUUGCUCAGCAGCUCAUUACAAUCAGAAAUGCCAAAGCUGCAAAGCUUUCUCGAUUUAUGUUUGAGGGACGUGAAAUAAAGUUGGUUAUGACCUGUGUGGCAUUUAUCACCAUGAAUCCUGGCUAUGCCGGACGAACUGAAUUACCAGAUAAUUUGAAAGCUCUGUUUAGACCUAUCGCUAUGAUGGUUCCAAAUUAUGCCUUGAUCGCAGAGGUGAUUUUAUAUUCAGAAGGGUUUGAAUCCAGUAAAAUCCUUGCCAGAAAAAUGACUCAAAUGUAUAAACUUUGCAGUGAACAGCUCUCUCAGCAAGAUCAUUAUGACUUCGGGAUGAGAGCAGUGAAAUCUGUCUUGGUCAUGGCUGGGUCCCUCAAGAGAGAGAACCCAAACCUAAACGAAGAUGUUGUGUUGAUAAGAGCCUUGAGAGAUUCCAAUCUACCCAAAUUUCUAACAGAUGAUGCCCUUCUCUUCAGUGGAAUCAUUUCUGAUCUUUUCCCCGGGGUCCUUAUUCCAGAACAUGAUUACGGUAUUCUUCAGUCAACAAUUAUAGAAGUCAUGACUAAACAAGAGCUUCAGCCUGAGGCCUGUAUGGUUCACAAAGUUAUACAGUUCUAUGAAACCAUGCUCGUAAGACACGGCGUCAUGCUUGUUGGGCCAACAGGAGGAGGAAAGACCACAGUUUACCAAAUUCUCGCUGAAACCUUAGGGGUGUUACAUGAAAUGGGAAUCCAAAAGGCCUUUUAUCAGCCAGUUAAGACAUAUAUUCUGAAUCCAAAGUCCAUUACAAUGGGUGAACUGUAUGGGGAAGUGAACAAUUUAACCUUGGAGUGGAAAGAUGGUUUGAUGGCACUAAGCGUCCGAGCAGCAGUGAAUGAUACUUCAGAAGACCACAAAUGGAUCAUCAGUGAUGGGCCUGUGGAUGCGCUUUGGAUUGAAAACAUGAACACCGUUUUGGAUGACAAUAAGAUGCUUUGUUUGGCCAAUAGUGAAAGAAUUAAACUCACUCCUCAAAUUCAUAUGAUAUUUGAGGUACAAGAUCUAAGGGUUGCCUCUCCUGCUACAGUCAGUCGCUGUGGGAUGGUGUUUGUGGAUCCCGAAGAAUUAAAAUGGAUGCCAUAUGUCCUGACAUGGAAGUCAAGUUUUUCUGACAAACUGAAUGAUGAAACAUGGGAAUAUGUACUAAAUCUAUUUAAUCGUUAUGUCGAGCCAGGCUUAAAGUUUGUCAGUAAAAAGUGCGUUCAAGCUAUCCCUCAAGUGGAUAUCAGCAAAGUGAUCACCCUCUGCUGUUUAUUCGAGUCCCUCCUGUUUGGGAAAGAUGGACCUGACUUAGCUCUGGAACAAGGAAAAUUGAAUAGUGUUCUUUGCCAGACUUUUGUAUUCUGCUAUUUGUGGGCUGUUGGUGGAAAUCUGACUGAAAUCUACUGGGAUGCUUUUGACACUUAUGUCAGACAGCAGUUUGAGGAGACUCCAGAGGCCAAGCUUCCGAGUUCUGGUGACUUGUGGAGCAUUCAUAUGGAUUAUGAUACCAAACGCUUGGACCCUUGGGAACGAAUUAUCCCUCCUUUCAAGUACAGCCGAGAUGUGCCCUUUUUUGAAAUGCUGGUUCCCACAACAGACACUGUACGCUAUGGUUAUCUAAUGGAAAAACUGCUUGCUGUCAAUCAUCCUGUUCUACUGACUGGGAUCACUGGGGUUGGCAAGUCUGUUGUUGCCCGGGGAUUACUGAACAGAAUCCAAGACCAGGCUGGAUAUGUUCCCGUCUACCUCAACUUCUCUGCGCAAACAUCAUCGGCAAGAACACAAGAGAUUAUUGAAUCAAAACUGGAAAAGAAAAGAAAAAACAUUCUAGGAGCACCAGGAAACAAAAGAGUCAUAAUCUUUGUGGAUGACUUGAACAUGCCCAAGUUGGAUACCUAUGGUUCUCAACCUCCUAUUGAAUUACUCCGACAGUAUAUGGAUUUUGGUGGAUUCUAUGACAGAGAGAAGCUCUUUUGGAAAGAAAUACAGGAUGUCACAAUUGCAUCAGCAUGUGCACCUCCAGGAGGUGGUCGCAAUCCCGUUACCCCUCGUUUCAUCAGACACUUCAGCAUGUUGUGCCUUCCAACUCCUUCUGAACAUAUUUUAAAGCAAAUUUUUCAGGCAAUCUUAAAUGGUUUCUUAUAUGACUUUGCUCCACCUGUAAGACAGUGUGCAUCCAGUAUUGUAGAGGCUGCUGUUGAAAUUUAUAACAGGAUGAGCAUUGAUCUCCUCCCAACACCUGCAAAAUCCCAUUAUGUGUUUAAUUUGCGAGAUUUAUCCAAAUGUGUGCAAGGCAUUCUGCAAUGUGAUUCAACAAUAGUCAGAGAGGAAAUGCAGAUAUUUAGACUAUUUUGCCAUGAGUGUCAAAGAGUUUUCCACGAUCGUCUGAUCAACAGUGAAGAUAAGCAAUACUUCCACACCAUGUUAUCUGAAAUGGCCGGCAAGCAUUUUGCCAUUCCAAUUGAUCAAGACCAUUUUAUCAAUAAACCAGUUAUAUUUGGAGAUUUUAUAAAGAUUGGUGUUGAAAAAGCCGAUCGCCUCUAUGAAGACCUGGUCGAUAUGCAUAAGAUAGCUUCAGUUUUACAAGAUUACCUUGAUGAUUACAACAUAAUGACUUCUAAAGAAGUAAAACUGGUGUUCUUCCAGGAUGCCAUCGAGCACGUGUCAAGGAUUGCUCGGAUGAUUCGCCAGGAAAGGGGAAACUCUCUGCUCGUUGGAGUCGGCGGGACAGGAAAACAGUCUCUGACCAGGCUGGCCUCGCACAUCUGUGGCUAUAAGUGUUUUCAGAUCGAGCUCAGUCGGGGCUAUAACUACGAUAGUUUUCAUGAUGAUCUGAGGAAACUUUAUAAGAUGGCAGGUGUGGAAGACAAAGACAUGGUUUUCCUUUUCACCGAUACCCAGAUUGUUGUGGAAGAGUUCCUGGAAGACAUUAACAAUAUUCUGAACUCAGGGGAAGUACCAAACUUAUUUGAAAAAGAUGAGUUGGAAUAUGUCAUGGCAGCCACAAGACCAAAAGCGAAAGAAGCAGGAAUUGCAGAGGGCAACAGAGAUGAGGUGUUUCAGUUUUUUAUUAGUCGAGUUCGCCAGAAGCUGCAUAUCGUGCUGUGUAUGAGCCCUGUUGGGGAAGCUUUCCGCUCACGAUGUCGGAUGUUUCCAUCCCUUGUGAACUGUUGCACAAUUGACUGGUUUGUACAGUGGCCCAGAGAAGCCCUUCUUUCUGUAUCACAAACAUUUUUCUUAACUGUUGACCUUGGAAGCCCAGAAUUAAAAGAAAAGUUUUCAAUGAUGUGUGUGGAUAUUCACAUGAGUGUGACAAAUAUGGCUGAUCGAUACUAUGCGGAGCUGAGACGGCGAUAUUAUACCACACCUACUUCCUAUUUGGAAUUAAUAAAUCUUUACCUCUUAAUGUUGAAUGAAAAAAAGAAACAGUUGGUUUCAGCUCGAGAUCGAGUGAAAAAUGGUUUAACAAAGCUAUUAGAGACAAACGUGCUUGUGGACAAAAUGAAAUUAGAUCUUUCAGCUUUAGAACCAGUUCUUAAAGAAAAAUCAGUGCAGGUUGAAGCUUUGAUGGAAAAAUUGUCUGUGGACCAGGAACAAGCAGAUCAGGUCCGUUGUAUUAUUAAAGAAGAUGAAGCCGUAGCCAAGGUGAAAGCUGAAGAAACCCAAGCCAUAGCUGAUGAUGCUCAACGGGAUCUGGAGGAGGCUCUCCCAGCCCUAGAUGCUGCCAACAAAGCACUGGACUCUUUGGACAAAGCAGAUAUUUCUGAAAUCAGAGUUUUCACCAAGCCACCAGAUUUGGUCAUGACUGUCAUGGAAGCGAUUUCCAUUCUUCUAAAUGCCAAACCUGACUGGGCCACAGCAAAACAACUUCUCGGGGACUCUAAUUUCCUUAAAAGACUUUUAGAGUAUGACAAAGAAAAUAUAAAGCCAGUUGUAUUGGCAAAGCUCCAAAGAUAUAUUAAUAAUCCCGACUUUUUGCCUGAAAAAGUAGAAAAAGUGUCAAAGGCAUGUAAAUCUAUGUGUAUGUGGGUAAGAGCUAUGGAUUUGUAUUCUCGAGUCAUCAAGGAAGUUGAACCCAAAAGACAAAAGCUCCGAGCUGCUCAGGCUGAGCUUGAUGCGACCAUGGCUACCUUGAAAGAUAAACAAAAAAAGUUAAGACAAGUAGAAGAUCAGAUUCAAGCUUUACAAGAGCAGUAUGAACAAAGCCUUAAUGAAAAAGAGAGUCUUGCCAAAACCAUGGCCCUGACGCAGGCGCGCCUGAACCGCGCCGGGCGCCUCACGGCGGCGCUGGGAGACGAGCAGGUGCGGUGGGAAGAGAGCAUCGAGAACUUUGAGAGCGAGAUCUCCAACAUCACCGGGAACGUGUUCAUCGCGGCCGCCUGCGUGGCCUACUACGGCGCUUUCACGGCGCUUUACCGGCAGCUGUUGAUAGAUUGCUGGAUUGAGCAAUGUGUCUUACUUGAGAUCCCAAUAAGUGAUGACUUCAGCCUAAUAAACAUCCUGGGGGAUUCUUAUGAGAUAAGGCAGUGGAAUACCGAUGGCUUGCCACGUGAUCUGGUAUCAACUGAAAAUGGUAUUCUGGUGACUCGAGGACGACGAUGGCCUUUGAUGAUUGACCCCCAAGAUCAGGCAAAUCGUUGGAUAAGAAACAAAGAAUCUCAUAAUGGGUUAAAGAUAAUUAAGCUCACGGAUACUGGAUUCCUGCGCACACUUGAAAAUUCCAUUAGGCUUGGGUUACCAGUCUUGCUAGAAGAGCUGAAAGAGACGCUGGACCCGGCCCUGGAGCCGGUUCUCCUGAAGCAGACGUUCGUGAGCGGGGGGAGGAUGCUCAUCCGCCUCGGAGACUCGGACAUCGACUACGACCGGAACUUCAAGUUCUACAUGACGACCAAGAUGCCCAACCCCCACUAUCUCCCCGAGGUCUGCAUUAAAGUUACUAUCAUUAAUUUCACUGUGACCAAAUCUGGUCUGGAAGAUCAGUUGCUAAGUGACGUCGUGAGGCUUGAAAAACCCGAGCUAGAAGAGCAAAGAAACCAGCUCAUUGUGAGCAUCAAUACGGACAAAAACCAGCUGAAAGCCAUUGAGGACAAAAUCCUAAAAAUGCUGUUCACGUCUGAAGGAAACAUUCUGGACAACGAAGAACUAAUCGGCACCCUCCAGGACUCAAAGGUCACUUCGGGGGCCAUUAAAACCAGACUGCAAGAGGCAGAAUCCACAGAAAAAAUGAUCAAUGCCGCUCGGGAGAAGUACCGGCCUGUGGCAACCCAGGGAUCCGUCAUGUACUUCGUCAUUGCCAGCCUAUCCGAAAUCGACCCCAUGUAUCAGUAUUCCUUAAAAUACUUUAAGCAGUUAUUUAACACGACCAUCGAAAUCUCGGAGCGCAACGACAACCUGCAACAGCGCCUGCAGAUCCUGCUCGAUCAGACGCUGCUCACAGCCUACGUCAACGUGUCCCGGGGGCUCUUCGAGCAGCACAAGCUCAUCUACAGCUUCAUGCUCUGCGUGGACAUCAUGCGCCAGAAAGAAGAAUUAACCGAAGACGAGUGGAACUUCUUCCUCCGCGGCUCAGCCGGCUUGGAAAAGGAGCGCCCUGCCAAACCUGAAGUCCCCUGGCUCCUCGAUGUUAUAUGGUUUGCUUGUUUUGACUUGGAAGAACUCUUUCCGGCUUUUCAGGGAAUUUCAUUCCAGAUAUUGAUCUCCCCCAUUGCAAUCAAACUCGGAAAUUUUCAAACCUAUAUUAACCCCACAUCCUGGGAAGGCUAUGCUCAAGAAAUACCAGGCCAAGAAUCAGCUGAUUCAAACUAUUGGAAUGCAAAGUUGACCAUGUUUCAGAAACUCAUUCUUAUUAAAUGCUUUAAAGAAGAAAAGGUGGUUUUUGCAAUAACAGAAUUUGUGAUAGAAAAUCUAGGGAAACAAUUUAUAGAGAAUCCACCAGUUGAUCUAGCAACUCUCUAUCAAGAUAUGUCCUGCUUUACCCCUCUGGUAUUCAUCCUAAGCACUGGCUCCGAUCCAAUGGGAGCCUUUCAGAGAUUUGCAAGAGAAAGCGGAUAUUCAGAAAGAGUGCAAUCCAUUUCAUUGGGACAAGGCCAAGGACCUAUUGCUGAAAAGAUGAUUAAGGAUGCUUUGAAAUCAGGAAAUUGGGUAUUUCUUCAAAAUUGUCAUCUUGCAGUAUCAUGGAUGCUGGCUAUGGAAGAGCUUAUUAAAAGCUUUACAGAACCAAAUGUUUCAAUUGAAGAGAGUUUUCGACUUUUUUUGAGUUCCAUGCCUAGUACAACAUUUCCUGUCACAGUCCUUCAGAAUUCUGUCAAGGUUACCAAUGAACCUCCAAAAGGUCUCCGUGCAAAUAUCAGGAGAGCGUUCACUGAAAUGUCAUCUUCAUUUUUUGAAGAAAAUAUACUUGGAAGGGAUUGGAGAAAAAUUAUUUUCGGUAUUUGUUUCUUCCAUGCCAUCAUUCAGGAGAGGAAAAAAUUUGGCCCUCUUGGUUGGAAUAUCUGCUAUGAAUUUAAUGACAGUGAUAGAGAAUGUGCCUUACUUAAUCUAAAUCUUUACUGUCAAGAAGGAAAGAUACCGUGGGAUGCCUUGAUCUACAUCACAGGUGAAAUAACUUAUGGAGGUCGAGUUACAGACACUUGGGAUCAAAGAUGCCUUCGUACAGUUUUAAAGAGAUUUUUUUCUCCUGAAACGUUAGAAGAGAAUUAUAAGUAUUCCGAUUCAGGUAUAUAUUUUGCACCUUUUGGGGACAACAUACAGGAUUUCAGAGACUAUAUUGAAAACUUGCCUUUGAUUGAUGACCCAGAAAUAUUUGGGAUGCAUGAAAAUGCCAACUUAGUUUUCCAGUUCAAAGAGACCAACUCUUUCAUCACUACUAUCCUUGAUGUCCAGCCGAGGUCUGGCGGUGGUGGAGGUGGAAAGAGCAACGAUGAAAUCGUCCAAGAACUUGUUACUUCGGUCUUGUCAAAAGUACCAGUAAAACUGGAAAUGGAAGGAGCUUCAGAUUCGCUCUUUGUCAAGGAUGCACAAGGACGCCUCAACUCCUUAACGACUGUCCUUGGACAAGAAGUGGACAGAUUUAAUGGCCUUCUCAAAUUAAUCCGAAUUUCCCUAGAAACACUGGACAAAGCAAUUGCUGGAUUCGUCGUCAUGUCUGAAGAAAUGGAGAGAGUGUACAAUAGCUUUCUUAACAAUCAGGUUCCAGUAUUGUGGUCCAAUGCCGCCUACCCUUCUCUAAAGCCUCUGUCAUCCUGGGUCAAAGAUCUCGUCUUGAGGACAGCUUUUGUGGAUUUGUGGCUCAAAAGAGGACAGCCCAAAUCAUUCUGGAUAUCUGGUUUCUUUUUUCCUCAAGGAUUUCUGACAGGAACUCUGCAGAACCACGCUCGAAAAUACAACUUGCCCAUAGAUGAACUUAAUUUUUGCUAUAACGUUGUGCCUGUUUACCGAGACCAAGCGCUGGUGAUCGAAGCAUCCAGAACUGUACAGUUUGGACAGGAGUCACCCAUGGAUAAGGAGUUGCCAUUUCCUGAGGAUGGCGUGCUGGUGCAUGGAAUGUUCAUGGACGCUUCACGCUGGGAUGAUGAAAACAUGGUUAUAGAAGAUGCUUUGCCUGGACAGAUGAACCCCAUGUUGCCCGUGGUACAUUUUGAGCCUCAUCAGAACUAUGAACCCAUUCCCUCGCUGUAUCACUCUCCACUCUACAAAACUGGAGCCCGAGCAGGGACACUCUCCACCACUGGUCAUUCAACUAAUUUUGUGGUGACAAUCCUCUUACCAUCCGAGAAACCCAAUGACUACUGGAUAGCCAAAGGCUCCGCUCUGCUGUGCCAGCUGAAUGAGUAAGGCAGCACGAUGGUCCAAGAAGUGCGGAAACACAUGCUGGUGGAAGAAGCCCUGUACGUAUAAGGGCCCAAAGAUGCUGGCCGGUCACUGGGGCGGUCACUGGCUCCGGUCAGACACGGCACGUUACCAGUGACUUGAUUUUACAAUAAAGGAAAGGAAAUUGUGAUUUUUAUUUCUCUUCAAAUUCAGAAUAAAAUAACU